CAGGAGGAAGAAACAAAACAAGAUGGCGUCUGACGGAGAAUACGUUGUUUUGGUUAUCAUGGUUUCUUGGUCCUAAUUACAACGUACAUGUGCACAUGUGUGUCGUUUAAUAGAGUAAACGUCGUUAUUAUUGUCUGUAUGCACUUUGAGUGCACUUUGACGUGCGAGCCGAGCCUGCUGGUUAGCUUAGCUUAUUAGCUGCUAACAAACAGAGGCGGAAGUGAUCGACACAUCAAAGCAGAGAUCCCAAUACAUCCGUGGAAAACAUCUUCACCCUGAGCAACAGAAAUGGAGCUUGAGGAUGUGGAAGGAGGAGCCACUGCCCUCCCACAUUAAGAAGAAAGAGGAAUACUCACUGAUUCCCCAUUUUUUUUUUGAAAAGGAAGAGAAGGACCCACUGACACCCCAUUUUAAAGAGGAAGAGGAGGAACCACUAACACACAAUUUUAAAGAGGAAGAGGAGGACCCACUGACUUCCCAUUUUAAAGCGGAAGCGGUGGAUCCACUGAACCCUCACAUUAAGGAGGAAGAGAUGGAUCUACUGAGACCCCAUUUUAAAGAGGAAGAGGACCCACAUACACCCCAUUUCAAAGAGGAAGAGGAGGACCCACUAAUAUCCAAUUUUAAAGAGGAAGAGGAGGACCCACAUACACCCCAUUUCAAAGAGGAAGAGGAGGACCCACUAAUAUCCAAUUUUAAAGAGGAAGAGGAGGACCCAUUGACGCCCCUUUUUAAAGAGAAAGAGGUGGAUCCACAGAGCCCUCACAUUAAAGAGGAAGAGGUGGAACCACUGACCCCUCACAUUAAAGAGGAAGAGGAAGAACACAGCAUCAGUCAGCAGGGAGAGCAUCUAGAAGGACUGGAGGAGGUUGAUGUCACCAAGAUGCCAGUGACUGGUGUCCCUGUGAAGAGGGAAGAUGAUGAGGUCAAAGGUGAAAGUGAGGAGAGGGGAGGGGGGGAGCCUCCAAGCAGCAGCUCAACACAACACAUGACAACAGAAGCUGAUUGAGACCACUGUGGAGGAUCACAAGCAGACAAGCUCUUAGCUCCACUAUCAGAUAGUGAGGACACAACGUCACACUCUCCUGACACUGAUGAUGAAGACUCUAAAGAUGACAAGACAUGUCACACUGACAACACUCACUUCAAGUGUUCACACUGUGACAAAACUUUUAAAUAUCCUAGUAAAUUGAAAAGACACAUGAGAACGCACACUGGAGAAAAACCUUUUUCAUGUUCAAUCUGCGGUAACGAUUUUAUUCAUAGGCACGAUUUGAAAAUACACAUGAGAAUACACACUGGAGAAAAACCUUUUUCAUGUUCAAUCUGUGGUAAAGAUUUUACUCAUAGGCACAAUUUGAAAAUACACAUGAGAAUACACACUGGAGAAAACCCUUUCUCCUGCUCAGAAUGUGGUAAAGCUUUUGUAUGAAGAAGCACUUUGAAAGUACACAUGAGAACACACACUGGAGAAAAAUAUUUUUCUUGUUCAAUCUGCGGUAAAGAUUUUGUAAGAAGUCAGUGUUUAAAAGUACACAUGAGAACACACACUGGAGUAAAAAUGUUUUCUUGCUCAGAAUGUGGUAAAGCUUUUGUACGAAGAAGCACUUUGAAAGUACACAUUAGAACACACACUGGAGAAAAAACUUAAAGGGGAACAUUAUCACAAGUUCAGAAGGAUUAAAACCAAUGAAAAUUAGUUCCCAGUGGCUUAAUUUAUUUUUCAAUUUUUUACCCAUCAUGGAAUAUCCCGAAAAAAGGCUUUAAAGUGCCUGAUUUUUGAUAUCUGUAAAUCCACCGUCCAUUUUCCUGUGACGUCAUCUAGCGAUGCCAAUACAAACAACAUGGCGGAUAGCACAGCAAGAUAUAGCGACAUUAACUCUGAAUCAGACUCGGAUUUCAGCGGCUUAAGCGAUUCAACAGAUUAUGCAUGUAUUGAAACGGAUGGUUAGAGUGUGGAGGCAGAUAGUGAAAACGAAAUUGAAGAAGAAACUGAAGCUAUUGAGCGAAUAGCUAUUGAAGCUAUUCGGCGAUCACCUUCUAACCAACGAUCGCAUCUUUUGACCACUGGAGCAAUUUAAAUCCAUCGAUUGGCAAGUGUUUGUUUGGCAUUAAAUGUGGGUGGAGGGAAAGGCUGGAUGCAAAUAUAGCUACAAAUGUACAUACAGCUAGCCUAAAUAGCAUGUUACCAUCGAUUAGCUGGCAGUCAUGCCGCGACCAAAUAUGUCUGAUUAGCACAUAAGUCAAUAACAUCAACAAAACUCACCUUUGUGAUUUCGUUGACUUUAUCGUUGGAAAUGCAUCUGCUUUGAGUGUUGCAGGAUAUCCACACGUUUCUCUGUGCCAUGUCUGUCGUAGCAUCGCGGUACAUACAGUACAUACAGAUAGCCUGAAUAGCAUGUUAGCAUCGAUUAGCCUGCCGUGCUAAUCGAUGCACAUUCCACAUAACACAACUUGAAUCCGUCCCUGAUCGUGUUGUUACACCCUCCGACAACACACCGACGAGGCACGAUUUCUCCAAGGUACGGAAAACAGUCGAAAAAAUGGAAAAUAACAGCUGAUUUCACUCUGUGUUUGUAAUGUGUUUGAGAAAAUGGCGGAUUGAUUACCUAAGUGACGUCACGUUGUGACGUCAUCGCUCCGAGAGCGAAUAAUAGAAAGGCUUUUAAUUCGCCAAAAUUCACCCAUUUAGAGUUCGGAAAUCGGUUGAAAAAAUCUAUGGUCUUUUUUCUGCAUCAUCAAGGUAUAUAUUGACGCUUACAUAGGUCUGGUUGAUAAUGUUCCCCUUUAAACAAGUUCAGUAUGUUGUAAAAGUUUUAUACAAAGUCCGUAUUUUGAAAAGACAUGAGAAGACACACAGGAGAGAAAGUAUUGAGUUGCAGUGUGUGUGGUGAAAUAUUUUCUUCUAAGUACCAGUGUAAGAAACACAAGUGUGCUGGUGAGAAAAGCAGCAGCAAAUGAAACUGCAGGAUUUGAAAUAAACUCUCAAAACUUUAACUUUGACCUUCUAACAACAUCAGCACAUAGAUUCUAACAUUUAUAGAUUAGAUAUUUUAGAUUAUUGUUUUUUUUCAGUCAUGUACAUGUUUUAAUAUAUGACAUUGUCUACUUUUAUUUAAAAAUGAACACAACUAAUUGACUGUAAAAAUGAGAAUAAACAGGACAAAAUAUGUUACAAAUACUUUUUAUGAGUGUAGAGAUAUGCAGUAAUCAUUUUUGAUUAUUAAUGAUGUUAUAAAUGAACUUUAUAUGAUGUAUAUUUUUGUUUUACGUGUUCAUACCUUUCCUUUUGAGUACACAUAAAUCCCUCCUAGUUCAUAUUUACUAGUUCACAUCUGAAACAUCUUCUGGACCACUUCUGGAUGCAAAUUAUAUACUUUGUACAUAAUUUGAGAAGUUGUGUUUUAUACAAGAUCAUUUACUUUGAAAAUGUGUGACUUUGUGAAUAAUUUUUGGGGUCUCAAUAAUCUGUUCCUUUAAUUACCAUUAUUACUCUCUUUUGUAAGGUGAAUGUUGUUUUGUAUGUAUGUGCCCUUUAUGCAAUAUGUAGAUUAGAGAAAAUGGCAACAUUAUAUGUGGAAGGUUAUGAAGGAUAAUUUUGUUUUUAAUAAUCCACAUUUUUAUUCAAAAAACUACACGACAAUUGUUUUUUAAAGUUGUUCAUGAUUUAUUCCCUCUUUUAGAAUCCUUAAAAACUUUAUCAAUUUCAGAGAACAUGGAAACGUUUUGAAUGUUAGGGAAAAAUCAAUAAUGUACAUCCAUCCAUUUUUUAUACCACUUUUCCCUCUCAUUUUAUAUGUAAAGCCUUUAAUCACAAACUUGUCCGCCAAAGGGUGUUGCGUUUUGGAGAAACUCCUGUCAGAGUGCUGUUCAACACAAUAAAGAGGAACCCAAUAUACUGCGCAGGACGUUGAGUAAAACACUUCUUUUACUGCGGAAAUCUACUCACAAAAACAAUCCAAACUGGAGGUAACAAAAAGCGAUGGUGCGAAAAAGAGAAGAAAAAAUGUGCAUUGUGAAAAAACAAAAUCAAAAGCUACUUACAUACAAAAAUAAACUCAACUUGGUUUGGAGUUACAAGACGUGGACACUACAAAACAACUCCAAGAUGGAUGGCACUGGGAAUGGCCAAGGUAGCAAAAUACUGGAAGAGUGGAAUCACCGAGUGCCAUCCAGCUGUCACGGUGCUGCUUAAAUAGCACCAGGGUCUAUUGGAAGCAGCUGUGCACUUCCCACAACUCCGCCCACAAGGACAACACAGGAACCCAAGGAGGGAGGAGAAAUGUAAGAACAAGGUCAACCGCACCAAAAGAGGAAAACUGACAAUACAAACCACAAGGUGGCAGCAGGCGGUGACAACUUCCCUCAAAUUAAUUAGGGAAAAAUGGACUGAGCAUAAGAUAAAUCAUCACAAUUGAAGUUAAAUCAUUUAAAAAGUUUAUUUUUGUAACUCACUUCUAUCCAAAUUCAUCCAGGAUAUUUCUCCAAAAUGUUCCAUUGGAGAAUGCUGUCAAACUGUAAUGUCUACUAGGAAAAUGUAAACCAAAUAUAUUUUUGUUAAAUUC